CUUACACUAGUCGAAUAGCAAAACGAUAAGACAUUAUACACUAAAAUAACACCAUAUACAUACAUAUUUUUCGAUCUUUUUAAAUUCAUUAUGAACUGUGGGCUGUGCCGUAAGCCCACUAUAACGCCGUUUUCAACGUUGCAAAAGUUUCGCGUUUGUGUUUGCCUGCGGGAGCACUAUCAGUGUAUGGAAUGCGAUAAAAGAGAGCGUUUUCAAUGUGCUUUGUGCGGCCUUGCAACAUUCGUGCUCCACCUUGACCUGGAAUUCGUCUUCGAUGACGUCCGCAGAUCAAUGAUGGCAACCCAAAACCCUGGUGAGAUUAGAAAUAAUGGCAAUGAUAGUGAUAGUGCUGUCGAGAUCCUUGGACAGCGUAAUACCCGAAAAUAUUCGACCCCAGGGAACGGGGGUCGAUCUCAUUCGCUUUUUUCACCUAGGAUGACCACUCUUUUACACCAAAAGAGAAGUUCUUCCAUGUACUGUACAAAGGAUUGGCAUAACCAGAAUGUUCCUCGUUCCCAAGAAAAGACCACCAAGAAAGUGAAGGGCACAUUGACGGGUCGACGGAUUGAUACAAGAGAGAAAUGUUCUACCAAGAUGCAGGAACCAAAGAAACCCAUUAAUGAUGGGAUGCGUUUGCAAAUGGGUGCUCCCUAUGAAAUAAACAAAUCCGUAGAUCCAGUACGUAAAGAUAUUGCAACUAAGGAUAUAAGAUCAUAUACUAAGGAAGAAAGACGUGCACUACUUCAAUAUGUUAACGAAAUAUAUAGCUUCUCCGAUCUACAGGAGAAAUAUUUAGUAUUUGGAUGUCAGUUUCUGACCAACCGACGACAUAUGGAAUGGCUGUCAUCGGAACCCAAACAACGAUUUGCCUGUAGUGGUAUACCCGUAGUUCGACGAGUUUUAUUUACUUGCUCAAAUUCCAUUGAACGGCAUUGUGAACUAAUGGAACUUCCAAACGAUUUUGAUAAUAAUCGUUUUUCCCGAGAUGCUUUAGCAUUUCCAUUUAUUCGCUUGGAAAAGACACAACUACUAGCCAAGUGUCCGGAUCAAAAUUGUCAAGAAUAUCUCUUUAUGUACAACAUCGCUUUUCAUCUGACAUCUAAACACAGAAAUUGGCUUGUGAAAUAUUUGGAAUUAAAUACCCCAUUUACUUUUCAACUGGAUCUGAAGGUUACAAGCGAGAGCGUAAAAUGUCAUGCUGUAAUACAAUUGCAAAAUGUGCUUUUUGAAUAUUCCAAGUAUGGAUCUAACCUAUCCCUCACCAUAAUGAGUAGGCAUGUGCAACUGAGUGAAAUUGUGGGAAACUGCCAACCGGAUCAGCUAUUAACAUUGAUUUGGGCAGCAACUACAAUGUCCAAGACAUUUCCCAUGAUAGUAAACUUGACUUUGUGGUCAACGGGUGGCGAUUUUCCCAUAAGUACGAUAUCCUAUACUGGAAAACCCUUUGAUAUUAAGCACUCCAUUCGGCCCUAUCAUUUGAUCAAAAGUGGUAGGGUCAUUAUACUAACGGCCAAACAAGCUGAAGCACUCACUCAAAAAUGCAAAAAAAAGGUGGGCAUUCAGUUUAUCGCCAGGAUGGCAAAAUUAUAAGAAUUCUAAAUUUGCAAAUAUUAACGCAUGAAAAUCAUACAAGACAUAACUCAAAACACGGAAUACAUGAUAUACAUGAUGAUCCUAUUUUCUUUGAAGUGACAUGUAAUUAUUUUUUUAUUGGCUAUCUGCAUUUGUACAAUGUAAAUGUAUUACCUAGACUUUUAUAUCCUCUUCGGUCUUAAGCAUUCUUUAAUCGAAUUGGCUUCUUUCUACGUACUUCUUUUGCAUUUUUCGCGCUGUCUCCUUUGGAAAAUUAGGAAAGUGAGAAAACAGCACAGGAUGAUGUGGCCAGGACGAAACAGGAGGGAGAAUAGAUCUAAGGAAAGCGACACUCAAUUUGCGAAAUGCAAUAAAUUGAAUGAAAAGUGUGAAAAUGAAGAGGAGUCAUCAGCAUCGGCGACAACACUAACGACCAAACAGAGACAGACAGUGGAGUGAGCGAGAUAGAUGGAGAUAGAGCUUGGCGCUAAGAAAGCCAGAAAAUGUAAAUGAAAAUUCAAGAAAAUUUAAUAAUAAAAACAUCAGCAUAAAGUGAAACGCAUAAAAUCCAAUGAAAUGUAAAAGGCGCCCGCUGGACCUUCUUCCUGUUGUGUUCAUGCUUGCCGUCUCUUUCUAUACCCUAUCGCCCGUCUCCUUCCAGCGCCGUAGAGACAAUGGCGUAUGCAGUGGUCAAAAAGUAUUUUGAAUACAUUUUUAAGAUGGGAAAUUAAAAAUUUUUAAGUUGGAAACAGUCUGCAGAAUUAUUGUUAAAAUCUAGAGGAUUGAUUUUUAGGACACACAACUUUUGGAUUCCACCCUCUGGAAUUAUUCUUACCUAAGCCCCUGGACGGAUGUAUGUGGAAAAUAGCGUCGGGUAAUCACAUUUCUCUGGUAUAGUGGCAGUGUGGCAGUGUCCUGCAGCCAGCAGGAUAUGCUCAAUUGAACAUGUUGAUUGCUGACAGCGCGUCCUGACCCACCGACCCACCGACCCACCGAAUCCGCUCGCCCACCGACUCCACCCAACGCACAGCACCACACCGCACCACUGCAAAU